AUGUUUUUGGGUUUGCAAGUACGUCAAAGCUCUAUCAGAAUCCUGUUACACCAAACAAAAUAUGUUGAAGACAUGCUUGAGAGAUUUGGGUUUAAAGAUGCAAAACCUGCCUUGAUGCCGAUAGUCGAACGACUCCUAUUGAAUCCAGAUCUAGAAGGCGAAUCUGUAGAUCAGACCGCGUACAGAUCGAUGAUCGGAUCGAUGAUGUACCUCAAAGGUAGCCCAAAAUUGGGUUUUUGGUAUCCUAAAAAUUCUGAUUUUGAUUUAUCUACUUUCACUGAUAGCAAUUAUGGAGGUUGUGAACUUGACAGGAAAUCAACGUUUGGGGGAUGUCAAUUCCUAGGUGAUCGUCUGGAGUCAUGGCAAUGCAAGAAACAACAGACAGUCUCAAUCUCAACGGCGGAGGAAAAAUACGUUGCUGCUUCUGCUUGUUGCUCUCAAGUUAUUUGGAUUCUACAUCAAUUAAUGGAUUACGCUUUGAACUCUUUAGAAACUCCAAUAUUUUGCGAUAACGAAGCUGCAAUCCAAAUUACUUAG